AUCGGCGACCAGAACGAUUUAAAAAAUCAUGUCAAGAGGUUUAUUCAUAGUAGUAGAAGGGCUAGAUAGGACGGGUAAAUCAACGCAAUGUGCCCAACUUCUCAAUUACUUCUCUAAUGCAGGAAGACAGGCGACAUUGAUGAAGUUCCCAGACAGAACUACAAAUAUCGGGCAAAUGAUAAACAGCUACCUGCAGUCCAAGACUGAGCUCAAUGAUAAGGCGAUACAUCUCCUUUUUUCAGCUAAUAGAUGGGAAUUGAGUCAGUAUAUAAUAGAUACGAUAAAUAGUGGCACAACAAUCAUAGCUGAUAGAUACGCUUAUUCUGGGGUAGCAUACUCGAUAGCAAAGGGGCUUGACUACGAUUACUGCAAAUCUCCUGAUAAAGGUCUACCUAUUCCUGACAAAGUCUUCUUUUUGGACCUCCCUCCACAGCUUGCACAGCAAAGAGAAGACUAUGGCGAAGAAAGAUACGAGUCGUUAGACAUUCAAACGCGCGUCAGAAGCUCUUUUAUGAAGAUCAUCGCAGAAAAUCAAUAUAUUAAUAAGAUUGACGUAACUGGAUUGUCUGUUGAAGACGUUCACAGGGAGUUAGUAAAACAAAUACCAAGUGACACCUUAGAUGCUCUCC